AUGCCCUGUAAUCCCCGGCAACACAAAGAGCUGGAUGAUGUUGAGGCUGAGGCUGUUGCCGGGUGCCGCUGUUACCACGGUGACAGUCGUCAGCAUCAGUGGAGGCGAGAUCAGAGUGAACAGACUGCUGGUCGCACGGUGGAAGGUGAAGAUCUGAAGCAUGACUUCGAGCGCCUGCAGCUGGCCAUGGAGAUGGUGGGCUUCCUGCCGGCCACCAGAAAACAAAUCUUUUCUUUACUGUCUGCGAUCCUUCUGCUGGGGAAUAUCCGUUACAAGAAGAAGACGUACAGAGACGACUCCGUCGAUAUCUGGAACCCUGAGGUGCUUCCUGUCGUCUCUGAACUGCUGGAGGUGAGGAGCGCCUCCACAAAACAUCUGCAGCCCUCUCAACUACUUUUCUCCCCUCUGGAGUCACAUGCAGUGAUCACAAGUUUAUUACGGCGUGAGGUCGCGGUCACUGAGGACUGA